AUGGAAGCCGAUCCAGAUGAACUUUUGACUUGGCUUAAAGGAGAUGGAAGUGGUGAGCGUGAUCUUCAAAUAAUUGCACUGGAACAAUUAUGCAUGCUAGUCUUAAUGAGUGAUAAUAUCGAUCGAUGUUUUGAACAGUAUCAACCUCGGCUUUUUCUUCCUGCUCUCUGUGAUAUAUUCAGUGAUCCAUUAGCUCCAACACAUGUUCUCGAAGUGACAGCACGUGCAUUAACCUAUUUUCUUGAUGUAUCAGUUGAUUGUGCAAAAAAAAUUACUUCACAUCCAACAAUUAUACGUUCAAUGUGUACGUGUUUACAAGCUGUUGAUAUUGAAGAUCGUACAAAUAAAGAUUUAGCUGAACAAAUUAUCAAAGUUUUUGAACGUUUAUGUUCAAGAGAAACAUCAAGUAUAUAUGAACAAGAUGGUCUUCGUUGUGUACUUGAUUUUAUUAAUAAUUGUUAUUCAGUUAUACAUAAAGAUUCAUUACAAUCAGCUUUAAAUGUUGUUGUUAAAUUAAUUGGUAAAAUUGAUCCACAAAAUUCUUCAACACUUGAUCAAACUAUUGAGUCAUUAUCAAAUUUACUUUUACAUGAUGAUGCAUUUGUAGCUGAUAAUGCAUUAAGAUGUUUUGCAACGUUAGCUGAUAGAUUUGCAAGAAAAACUGUUGAUCCUGAACCAUUAAUGCGUUAUUGUUUAAAAGAUGUUCUUCUUCGUUCAUUACAUCAUGUUUCAAAAACUUCAUCAACAGAAUCACAUAAUGUAUCGAAUGCACGUGGUGUAACAACAAAUCUUUCAAUUGUUACAGGUUUAUUAUCAACUCUAUGUCGUGGUAGUUCAAAAGUAACAUAUGAUCUACUUCGUUCUGAUCUUCCUGACGCACUUGAAGCAGCUUUAUGUAGUGGUGAUGAACGAUGUGUAUUAGAUAUCAUGCGAUUUCUUGAUUUACUCAUCGUUUUACUUUUUGAAGGACGUCAAGCCCUUCCUCGUCCUGGAAGUACUACGACACGUACAACAAAUUCAUCAGUUCCAACAAGUGAAUCAUCUGAACAAACAUUAUCAACUUCAAUUACAGCUCCAAGUGCUACUCCAACUGAUCGUUCACAACAACAAAUAAUUGAAUAUAUUCGUUCACGUGAUCUUCAAGCAUUUAUAAAUUAUAUCGAAGAAAAUAAUAUCGAUAUAAAUUAUACUGAUAAUGUUGGUCAAACAAUGCUUAAUUGGGUUGCAGCAUUUGGUACACGUGAAAUGGUUGAUUAUUUAUGUCGACGUGGUGCUGAUGUUAAUCGUGGUCAACGUUCAUCAUCAUUACAUUAUGCUGCUUGUUUUGGACGUGCUUCAAUCGUUCGUAUAUUAUUAAAAUAUGGUGGUAAUGUUGAUUUACGUGAUGAAGAUGGUCGAACACCCUUAGAUAAAGCACGUGAACGACAAGAUGAUAAUCAUCAAGAAGUUGUUGAUAUUCUUCAAUCAGCUCAUGAAUGGACUGAUACAAAACAAACUUCCACACUUGAAAAAACUAAAGGUGAUAUUGAAAUGCAAUUAAUUUAUUUAGAACGUUUAUUAUCAAUAUUUUGUCAAUUAUAUCAAAAUACAAUGAUAUUAACAAUAAAACGUAGUACAUUACGUUUAAUAUCAAAAUUAAUACAAUAUGCAACAGUUGAACAAAUACGUCAAUUAAAAAUUUUAACAACAUUAUUUGAAUUAUUAUCAACAAUAUUAGAUACAAAUGAAGAUGAUAAUGAUACAUCAAAUAUUGUUUUAUUAAUAAUAAAAAAUUUAUUUGAAAAAGAUCAAUGUUUAUUUCUUGAACAAUUUCAAUAUUUAGGUUUAAUAUCAAAAAUAACUCGAUUAGCAUUAUCACAUGAAAUUACAAAUCAAAAAUCUGAUCAAUUAUUAGCUAUAAAUAUUAUUUCAAAUGAUGCAAAAGAUAUACUUUGUUAUAGACCUUAUGUGUGGAAUGAAUUUAAUUUCUUAAGAAAUCGUGAAUGUUUAUAUAUAUGGAAUCAUUUUAUUGUGAUUGAAUUAUCAAUGGGUUCAAAUGGUUGGUUUAGAUUUUUUACAAAUAAUUCUUUAUCAACAAUGUAUUCAUCAGGAAGUCCAGAAACUAAUGUUGAUACUGAUGAAAAUCGUCAUGAUUUUAUUGAUAAAUUUCAACGAUUAAAACAACAAGUUUUUGAUGGAACAGAACAAGAAAAAGAUAAUGAAAAACAACAAGCUAUUAUUGCAAGAACAAUUUUUACAUCGGAUACAACUAAUGAAACAAUAAUUACAGUAGGAAAUUGGACAAUACAAUGUGAUGGACCUACGCAACUUAGAAUUCAUAAUGUUGAAGGCGAACAGGUAACUAUUCUUGAACAUGAUCAAUCCGGUUUUAUUUUCGAAUCAAAUCGUGGUAUUCGUCAUACGCAUAAUACUGAGAUAGUAUUAACAAAUGAAUUUUUAAUUCCAUGGUCAACAAUUGAACGAUUAACAUCAUCGAAUAAUUCUGCAUCUCUCGCAGUUAAUAAAAAAGGUAAACAAGAACAAACAAAACAACGUACAACAGAAAUAGCAUUCUAUAUAUAUAAUGAAUAUUUAAAAAAUGUUUCACCAACAAAUUAUACACGUUCAAUAUUAAUUGAACUUCAAACAAUUGUCAUUGAUUUAAAUAAUGAAUUAAAUUUAAAUUCAUUUACGAAUUUAAAUAAUCUUUUUCAAAAAUUAAAAGAAUUUCUUCUUGAAAAAACAAGUUUAUCUAUAUAUGAAUUAUCAUCAUCAGGACUUGUUACAACAUUAUUAAAAAUUUUUCAUGGUUUACUUGAUCAAAAUAAUCAUCUAUCAUUAAAUGAUCAAGUAUAUGAACGUUCGAAAUUAUUUUGUUCAAUAUUUCUUUCCGAUGAUUAUCCUGAAGCUUUUCAAAUUCUUAUACGUAAACUUAUAUCAAUAUUAGAAUCAAUUGAAAAAUUACCAUUAUUUUUAUAUGAUGCACCAUUUAAUUAUGGUUUACAAAUCUUUUCUAAACGUUUUCGUUUUCAAAUUCAAUAUAAAAAUGAACAACAAUUAUUUACAGAUCGAACAGGAAAAUCAAUAAAAAUUGAACCAUUAGCAACUGUAGGACAAUUAAAAACAUUUCUGGCAUCAAUGGUUUCGAAACAAUGGUAUGAUCAUGCUCAUAAUCAAUUUGAAUUUGUUAAACAAUUAAAAUCAAACAAUCGUGUAGCAUUCACAUAUGCAAAUGAUUUUGAUCAAAAUGGAAUCUUAUAUUGGAUCGGUACAAAUGGUAAAACAACUUCUGAUUAUACAAAUCCAUGUUCAACCGGAUUAGUCACAGUCAGUUGUUCUGAUAGUAAUUGUUCAUCUCAACAAUUAUCCGAUGUAAUCUCCUAUACAUCAUCUAUAGAUGAUCAUGACGAUUCAAAUCGUGGUUAUAGUUGGAUUAUGAUUGAUUUAGGUUUAGUAAUUAUACCAACACAUUUUACAUUAAGACAUGCUACAGGUGGUUUUGCUCAUUGGCCAAAAACUUUAUUAUUUCAAAUGUCAAAAGAUAGUUUACAUUUUACACAUUGUGAAACAUCAUUAAUUAAUGAACCAAAUUCACCAACAGCAACCUGGAUGAUAAAAAAUUCAAUGGAAAAUUCAUCGGGUUUUCGUUAUAUUCGUAUUCAUCAAAAAUCUGGUCGACAUCCAGUUUGUAUUGCUGGAUUUGAAGCUUAUGGACAAGUACUUUCUGCGAUUGAUAUUCGUUCAAAGGAUGGGCGGCGCCCAUCCAGAAUUUUUAUUAGUAAUAUUAUAAAUCAUAUAUGUAUAUUUUUUAUUAUUUUUCCAGAACCUGAAUUAACACGUUCUCGUUCUUGUCGUGAUGAUAUUCGAAAUCGUCCAACAAAUUCUCGUCAAAAUCCAUCAUUUAAUCAUUCUCAUUCGACAUCAUCAACUACUACACGUACAAAUAAAAUGCAUUCACAUAUACUUCGACGUUUAGCAAGUAUGAAUACAUCGGGACAAUCAAAUUCUACAAACGAUAAUAAUCGUCCUGAAUCAACAACAAUCGAUAGAAUUUUAUUUGAUCUUUCAUCAAUUCCAACUGAUCUAUCAACAGCUAUUGAAUCUGAUGAUCCUGAACGUUUACGAUUAGUUAUUGAAGAAACACUUUCACGUUUAACAGAUGAUUCAACAUUAAAUGAAAAUAGUAAUUUACUUAAUUUAAUAUCUCAACGUAAAAGUGUUUCAACACCCGAUAUAAGUAAUGGUGAAUCAACAUUUACAGUUUCAUCAACUGAACAAGCAUCAAGUGCAGAUAAUCUUGUUUCAUCAACUCGAGCUACAGAUCAUGUUGUUCAACUUAUGCAAGGUUUUUGUGAUCAAAUAGCUCGACAAUAUGAUGCUCUUGUUGCACAAACACAAAUUGAAUCAACAUCUUCAGAAGAUUUUCUUGCACCAAUUCAUUCCGAUAUGACAAAUACUGAUAAUUGGCUUGAGUUUGGAGAAUUUAAAGAUGAUACAAUUGUUAUUUCAAAAGAUGAGAUAAAUAAUAAAACGGAAGAUAAUUGUCCAACAACGGAAUCGAUUAGUAGUACUACAGAAUCAGUUGAAUUUCUAUCUGCUACAAAUGAAGAAAAUAAUAAGAAAAAUGCUACUAAUGAAUGUACUGAACAACAGAUAAUAUCAUUAGAAAAUGAUCUUAAUUCUAGUGUACCAAAUCUUUCAUCAAUAAAUAUAUCAUUAUUAAAUAUUUUAACAACAGCACAAAGUAGUCCAAAUUUAAGUGUACCAUCAACAAUUGAUAUAGCAAAUAUACCAAUUAUUGAUGAUGAAACAAAUCCAAUUGAAGAAUCAACAAAUAUAUCUGAUCAACAACAAAAACAAACGGAUGAAACAACAACUGAUGAUGAAGAUGAUGAAUAUACAUUAUUAAAACGUCUUAAACCGACUAGUGAACAAAUUGAUGCACCUGUUGAAGAAGAUGAAGAUGAAGAUGAAGAACAACAAGAUGAUGAAGAAGAAUAUAAUGAAGAAUUACAAGAACAACUUCAUGGUCAACAACAAGAAAUAACACAUCGAAAUUGGGAUGAUGAUUUUGUUUUAAAACGACAAUUUUCUGUUUUACUUCCUGCAUUUGAUGGUCGACCAGGUAGAACAAAUAUAAAUGCAACACAAGAUAUUCCAGUACCAACAACAAUGGCACCUAAAGAAGCAACUGCAACUAAACGAAUAUCAAAUAUAGAUGCAUUAACGGCUUCUAAUAUGAGAUUAUUUAUUCGAGGACCAUCACCACAUAUAUCAGGAUUAAAAGAAAUUGAAAUUGAAAUGGAUGAUUCUGAAGCAACUAUUUUUAAAUAUAUUCAACAAUUGAUUAAUCCAUUUCCAUCAUCACAAAGAUAUGAACGUAUUAAACGAAUAUUUGAACCGACAUAUACUAUUAUCUACACAGAAAAAUCCAGUGAACAUUCAGAACCAAAUACAUCUCAUAUUGAUGAUUUUACUGUUACUGAUACUUCUAAUGAAAUUUGUACUAUUGAAGAUAUUCUUAAACUUCUUCGUCAAUUAUAUUAUCUUUCAACAAAUUAUAUCCAAACAUAUCCACAUCAUGAUGAAACAUUUACAGUUGAUAAUUAUUUUCAUUCAAAAAAAUUAAAUAAUAAACUAUUACAACAAAUUCAAGAUUCAAUAUUAAUUGCUUCAUUAAGUUUACCAUCAUGGACAUCAUGGUUAACACAUUCAUAUAAAUUUUUAUAUCCAUUUGAAACUCGUCAAUUAUAUUUUCGAACAACAAGUUUUGGUACAUCACGUUCAAUUGUAUGGUUACAAGAACGACGUGAAGAAUUAAUUCGUACAGUACGUAAUAGUAAUCAUUUACGUUCACGUGUAUUAAAUGAAAAUUCUCUUCAUGAAUUUCGUUUUGGUCGUUUAAAAAUUGAUCGAACUGUUGGAAUUGAUCGAGAAAAUGUUUUACAUGAUGCAAUGAAUCUAUUUCAUUAUCAUGCUAAAUCUAAAUCAAAAUUAGAAAUACAAUUUUUAAAUGAAGAAGGUACUGGUGAUGGACCAACAUUAGAAUUUUAUGCAUUAAUUGCAAAUGAUUUACAAAAAUAUCAAUUAGGUUUAUGGUGGAAUCAUGAUGAUUUUGAAUCACAUCAGACAGAUUAUGUUCGAAAACUAGAAGGUUUAUUUCCUGCACCAUAUCCUCAAGAUGAUUCUAAAUUAGAUGAUAUUUGCAAUUAUUUUUCCUUAAUGGGAAUCUAUUUUGCUAAAUGUUUAUUAGAUAAAUAUUUAAUUGAUAUGCCAUUAUCUAUAGCAUUUUUAAAACUUUUAUGUAUGAAAUCAAAAAAUGAAGAAAUUUGGUUUGAUGGUAUACUUGAUUUAAAUGAUUUAAUAACUAUUGAACCAACACGAGGAAAAUUUUUUCAAAAACUUUUUCAACUUAUUGAAAAACGAAAUCAAAUACUAAACGAUGAAACAAAAACAACUAAAGAAAAACAAGAUCAAUGCAAAUUAUUAAAAAUUGAAAAUGAUACACAUGAAUCUAUUGAUAUUGAACAUUUAUGUUUAACAUUUGUUUAUUCACCACCAUCAAAUACUUAUGGAUAUGAAUCAGUCGAAUUAAUUCCAAAUGGAGCACAUAUUGAUGUAACUAUUGAUAAUAUUGAUCAAUAUAUUAAUUUAUCACUUCAAUUUAUUUUUCGCGAUGGUAUUCGUCGUCAAAUGGAUGCAUUUCGAAGUGGAUUUAAUCAAGUAUUUUCUCUUGAUCAUUUACAAUGUUUUAAUCCACAAGAAUUACAAUUACUUCUCUGUGGUAAUCAAUGGCCAUCAUGGACAUUAGAUGAUUUAUUGACAUAUAUUGAACCUAGUCAUGGUUUUACAAGAGAAAGUUCGGGUUUCACAAAAUUUCUUAAUGUUAUGUUAGCACUUGAUGGAUUUGAACGUAAAUCUGUUGUUCAAUUUAUUACUGGUUGUUCAUCAUUACCCCCAGGAGGUCUUGCAAAUCUUCGACCACGUUUAUCUGUAGCACGUAAAGUUGAAGCUGAUGAUAAUUCGUAUCCAUCAGUAAAUACUUGUUAUCAUUAUCUUAAAUUACCUGAUUAUUCAAAUGAAGAUAUUCUUAAACUUCGUUUAAUGACAGCGUGUAAAGAACGAGGUUUCUAUUUCAAUUGA